AUGACCGCGAGAAGAGCUGCCAACCCGAAGAAGGAGGCCGACGCGACAUUUGGCCCCAAGAGAUCGACGCUGAACCGAACACCGGCACCAGCACCUCGUACCAUUACUGAUUGGGUGACACUGGCUGUGGAGGUUGGAAGAUCUCAGACUUGGGCGAGUCUGGAAGAAGCUGCACAAUGGUGGUGCAAUUACAGUGGAAUCCAGUAUGUUCUGCUGUUGAAAAUCAGUCCCCAAGGUAUUCAAAUGCGAUACGCGCUGUAUGACCUCGCCGUACUUGGCAUUCUACCAGCGCCAACUGCAAGUGGAACGGUUUAUCGACGCACCAGAGAUCAACCAGCUGUCAAUGUCACCUUCAACAUGCGCCGAAUCUUGUCGAUCCCUGCGAAUGAAGCUCUCCCAACUGGUGUACAUGCAACCGCCGUUGUCGAUCUACGUACCGUGAUGAAUCUAGUCAUCGAUAGCCUUGGAUAGAAAAAAAAGCACUGCCAUGGAUUCAUGGGGUUCUGCUGCAGACUGAAAUCCACGCCUUCCACCACGAAAUAAUGCAGUUGUCCUUCCAGUUAAUAAAUGUGCUGUCAUCAUGACUAAACAGUC